UGACGCAAGAUUGACGCCAAAAGAAUUUAUAGGUUAUAAAUGCUGAUAAAUGUAACAAUUUACAGCUUUUUAUUAAUUUUAAGAGUUUACCUACAAGUUUUAAAUGCUUUAUUAAUAUUUUUAAUCAUUCAAGGAUGAUUUGUCGAUUGUGUAGAUCUACUGAAAAUUUAAUUUCGAUGUUUUGUGGAAAAUCAAAAGAGUUGAGAAACUUUAUAAGGAAAAUCAUAGAUGAUACCCUGCAGAUACAGAUACUUGAAUCGGAUCUUACUACAGUGGUUUGCAUCAAUUGUUGUCUGGAUAGUGUUAAUUUUUUCUAUUUCAAAGAAAACUGUUCCAAGUUGCAAGAACAGCUAACUACAAUAGAUGUACAUUCUAAGGCCAAAAUUUCAAAGCCCAAUUUUGAAAAACCUAAUUUAAGUGACAUACCCAAACCUAACUUGAAAAGUACCGAAGAAGUGUUGAGCUGGCUACAGUCAAAAUGUGUUCAAAUAACAGAAGACCAAGAAAGUAAUGUGCCUAUUCAAAAUGAACUAAAGAAUAUCUCUAACAACAGCACUCAAACUGAGGUAGUCAAAACUCAAUGCCAAGAAUCUCAAAGUAUAUCUGUUAAAUUAUGUGAUGUACAGGUUCAAUACAAUAAUGUAAAUAUUACCGAUAGUAAAAUGAGUCAAACUGAUUCGAUUCCUUAUGAAACUAAGGCUGUUCAAGCUACACUUAAGGUCAGUUCUAAUGAUAAGUUCACUCAAGUGUCCAAUAAUUGUGUUGAAAACAAAACAACAAAAAAAAAUAAUGCACGUGAAAGAGACUUUAAAAUGAUGGGUCAUGACUUUCCAGUUUCCAAGAAAAAUAAGGCUGUGCAAACUACAAUUGAAACACUUUCUUCUAGCAAAGAAGAGACCAAAGCUAUUACAAAAUUCAAUGGCAUAAAGCAUAAAAAAUCCCCCAGUAGUGGCAGUGGCAGCUUCAACAAAUGUAUAGUAUUAAAAAGAAAUUUAGACUUAAGGAAAAGUUUACCUAAGAAAAGACUAAGCUUUACUAGUAAAGAUGAUGAAAUUUUCGAAAGUGGUCCUGAUAAAAAAGGCAUAGUUUUACCCGACACAAAUGAAAAUACUAAGGGACACUUGAAUAAAGAUGAAGAAGGCAUUAAAGAUUUACCUGACACAAAUGAAUAUACUAACGGGAAUUUGAGUAAAGAUGCAGAAGGCACUACAGAUUUAACUGAAAAAGAUAAUUUGCUUUCAGUAAAGGAUGCAUCACCAGAAAGUAGUAAUGUUGUUUUUUAUGACAAGUCUCCAGAAAUUGUCUAUACUAGAAUAGAGAAUCCUAGCUUAUGCAGUGUGUGUUCAAAGCCCUAUUUAAAUAUAAGUGAUUUGAGGUAUCAUUACAGGACUCACAGGGAAUGUUUUGUUUGUAAGAAAAAAUUUCGCUCCAUAAAAUUGCUAAUUAACCACCUGAAUAAAUGUAAGAUGACACUGACCAACUCAGAUAUGUUACCAUUGGUCGAAUUAAACAAAGCCGAACAUGUACCAGCAAUGGUUUAUCAAUAUCCGGAAGCCUUCAUGUGGUUAAAAGAAUCUGGUAGUAAAAAAUAAGAUUUCUUCAUUCUACUAUAGGAAUGUUACCAGUGAUCCAUCUUUUAGAUAUAUUUUUUAAAAUUUUUGUUUUUAUUUACAUUGUUCUUUUUUUGUUAUACAAAAAAUAACCCGUUAGUAACAAGUUUUUGGUUCAAUAAACAUUAUGAAUUUUUGUUCAUCAAAAUUUUGUAACAUAUGUAUAUGUAUGUUAGCAAUACAUACAAAAAUGUUUAUUUUAUGUCUAUAAAAAAUUUAAACAA